GAUUUGCUUAUUCCAUAGCAAACCGUGUAGUGAUCGACACACACAGACUUUGUGCGAUAGCUCUAAAGGACAGCAAAAUUAGCUAGAAAUUUUUUCUCACAACGUUUUUCAAGUGAUUUCGAAAAAAACCAAAUCAACAUGGGUGACAAUGAAAAAAAAGACUCAAAGGGCGGCGAAUCAGAACACAUCAACUUGAAGGUGCUCGGACAAGACAAUGCGGUUGUACAGUUCAAAAUCAAGAAGCACACUCCGCUGCGCAAGCUGAUGAAUGCUUACUGCGAUCGUGCUGGUCUAUCGAUGCAAGUGGUUCGUUUCCGUUUCGAUGGACAAGCUAUCAACGAAAAUGACACCCCAACCAGCCUGGAAAUGGAAGAAGGCGACACAAUCGAAGUGUACCAACAACAGACCGGCGGCGUACAAUAAAUCAUCUCAGCCUGCCCAAAAAAAUUACUUUAAACAAAAAAACACACCUUUAUUCUAAGAUUUAAACGUAAUUCAAAAGAAAAAAAAAAACAAACAAGGGUGGAACAUUUUUUUAAUGAUUUUUUUUUUCUUCAAAUAUUCAAUAACCCGAAUUCUGUAACCAAUCACCAUAGAAAUGUGACAAAUCGGCUACAUCCGAACGGAUGCAACAAACGUGUUAGUUAAGAAAGGCUAAAACAGAAUGAAAACACAAUUUUUGUGCGAUUCUCUCUCAUUGAAAGACGACAAAAAAUCAUACAUUCAUUUUCAAUUCCACUUCUGAUUCUUUUGUUAUUUUCACCAAAACUCUAAAUAAAAUAUCAAAAACGUAGACAUAAAUCAUAA